CCGGCUUUGUUGUUGAGCUGCGGGUUGUGUUUGUAACAGCUAGCUACCUCUCAGCUGAUCUUUCACGGGAUGGAGGAGGAGGCAGACGCCGGUGUUUCUUCACGAGCCGAGAGGAAAGCGCUGGAAAGGGCCAAAAUACUUGAACGUGAGAGCGAGAGGCGGAUCUUUAGACAGGUUGGACGGGUCCUGAAGAAACCGGAGGCUGAGCGGUCGGAGGAGGAGGCCGCUGUGUUGCGGCUGCACAGAGAAACUGUGGAGGAGCUCUGCAAGAGACAAGUCCGCAGAAAUGUGCUCAAGAGGAAGCAGGAGGAGCUGUUUGAUGAUGCUGAUGAGCUGAAGAGUAAAGUCAGGCAGCUCGCUGUGGCAGUAAAACAAGCGAAACACCUGGUGGUUUACACAGGAGCCGGAAUCAGUACGGCAGCUUCUAUCCCAGACUACAGGGGCCCAAAUGGGGUGUGGACACAGCUACAGAAGGGACGGACAGUCAGUUCGUCUGACCUGAGUAAAGCUGAGCCGACGCUCACACACAUGUGCAUUAGGAUGCUACAUAAGGAAAAGCUGGUACAGCAUGUCGUGUCUCAAAACUGUGAUGGACUUCACUUACGUAGCGGUCUACCCCGACACGCGCUGUCUGAGCUUCAUGGAAACAUGUUUAUUGAGGUGUGUACAUCCUGUACUCCAGUCAGGGAGUACGUGCGUUUGUUUGACGUGACAGAGCGGACGUCGCUGCACCGCCAUGGGACAGGCCGCAGGUGCAGCCACUGUGGUGGAGAACUCAGGGACACUAUAGUACACUUUGGGGAACGUGGGACGCUGGAGCAGCCUCUGAACUGGAAGGGAGCUGCAGAGGCUGCAGAGAUGGCGGAUGUAAUCCUCUGCUUAGGCUCCAGUCUGAAGGUGCUGAAGAAAUACGCUUGUCUGUGGAGCAUGAACAGACCGGCAAGCAAAAGGCCCAAACUCUACAUCGUCAACCUCCAGUGGACGCCGAAAGAUGAUCUGGCUGUGCUGAAAAUUCAUGGCAAAUGUGAUGAUGUCAUGAGCCUCCUAAUGGAGGAGCUGAACAUCCAGAUACCUGUGUAUGACAGGGCAGAGGACCCCGUCUUCAGCCUAGCCACACCUCUGCGACCAGAAGAGGCUGACAGCCAUACUCGUGAGGUCAUAGCUCCGCUUGAUGGGCAGGAGGACUGUUUACCGGACGCUGGAGAACAGGGGGAGGAAACCACAGCUGUGCAGGGUGGCUGGUUUGGACGAGGAUAUGGCAAAGGAAGGAAAAGGAAGAAAAAAGCUGCAUAACUGGGAACUUACUUGACACAUAUGAUUUUGUCAAAUAUGUCAAAUGAUCAAUCCUAAUGUGGGAUUUGAAAUUUCAGUCCCAUAAUGAGGACGCGUUGGACUUCAGGGUGCUGUUAAGUCUUUUAGGCUGUGUUGGUAUCAUUCAGAUAAAUGCAGUUACUGUAUAUGUGCAUGAGUGUCUGUGGGAAUAUAUGUGUGAAGGGAAACAGUUUGAGUAUUGCUAUUUGAAAAUGGCACUUUGCACCGACAGAUUGGACAAAACAUACACAUAACAGCAAGAUGUUAAAGUGGUUCUAAUUAUGCUAAUCUCAGCCCAGUUCAGCUAUUUGAACCUGUAAGACAACUUUGAAUGACAAAACUAUGAAAUUACAGUCACACCCUGCAGGAUCAAACAGCAGUAAUGAGCUUUCCUCACUAGCACAGAACAUCAGUUUGAUUAAAAAAAAAUUCAAAAAGUCCAAAGAAAGUUUUAAAACCACCCACUGCAGUAUUUAGUCUGCUGCCCCUUUGUAUGGUCAGGAAAUCACAAACACUCAUAUUUCCAGCAGCAUGAAAUUUUUACAGGUGCUAAAUAAUCUCUAGAAGAUAAGGUCAUGUGGCAGACUAUAACUUUUGACUUUUGACUGUUUUUUAAAAUUUGUUUGUCUACAAAAUUGGUAUUGGUGCAUUGCAGGUACUAAUUUAAUGUGCCAUUUGCUAGACAUAAAUGUUCGUUGAAAUACUGGUGUCUAAAGUUUAAGUUACUGAAUAUAUGCUCAUGUAAAGUGGUUUUCAUCAGGUGGACCACAAGUGAUGAGGCGUUUAUGAGUCGCCAGCGUCAGUAGAAUAACGGCAGUGUACAAAUGGCCAUUUUUCCAUUUGAUGUUGCAGCGGCUUUUACUUAGAAGAGAUUUAAAGAGAUUCGGGUGGCCAAACAUUUCUACAUGUAUUCCUUAGAGUAAAAUAUAUUUUUGUAGCAUUUUUCAGGUGUUUAAAAACUUGCAUUUUUUUGAAUGUACACUUUUUAACAAAACAACACUUUUGUUUAUUUUUAAGGUCUUUCAGUUUACUUAAAUUACUUCCUGAACUCACAGUCUAUGGUCAUUCUGCUGUCAUUCAUCCUCAGGUUUACAGGCGUGGUAGUACAGCUACUACUGUACCUCACUUAACUGAUGUUGAAUUUGCCUGUGUUUACAUUUUUAUCUCAACUUUUCUGCAGUUGAUGCAGAGAUUCUGCUGCUGUCAUUUCUUUAUCUAAAGAAGUAUAAGAAGGUGAUUUUCUUUAUUUUUUUUUUUUACUUAAAUUUUGACUAGUUGUCAUGUCAAGUUACUGUUUACUUAAAUGGUUGAAAACAUCCAAAUAUGUGUCUCUAUUAAUUUGUCUCAGGAAGAUCCAGUGUUCAUAAUUUCACCCUGUAUCUCAGUAGUGUCAUAGGUUAGUAAAAGCCAGACUAACCAUCAUAAGCUAGUAUUCAGCAUUCCUAAAACUCUCACCAGUAUUAAAACUGGAUGUGGAGACUCCUGGAUAUUCAUUGUAUUAAAAAAAAGAAAAGAAAAAUAUGCUAUGUUGUGAUGCAAAGGCCCUUAUUUUAAGCUAAUUUUCUCUGUGCUGGCCUUUGCUUUAAAUAG